CGCCUGACCCGCGCAGCCGGAACCCCGCGGGCGGCGGGCGGAGCGCGGGGGCGCCGCUAUGGGCGCCGAGCAGAGCGUCGAGGCCGAGAGCCGCCCGGGCGAGCCCAGCGCCGCAGCAUCUCCAUUGCCAGCCAAGCAUCGAGCAAAAAUGGACGACAUUGUGGUUGUAGCCCCAGGAACACAAUCCUCACGGAAUGUCCGCAAUGAUCCAGAUGUCAUAAAACUGCAGGAAAUUCCAACUUUCCAGCCCCUUUUGAAAGGACUCCUCAGUGGGCAGACGUCUCCAACCAACACCAAGCUGGAGAAGCUGGACCCACAGCAGGUGCUGCAGCUGUGCCUGCGGUACCAGGACCACCUCCACCAGUGUGCAGAGGCCGUGGCCUUCGACCAGAAUGCACUGGUGAAGCGCAUCAAGGAGAUGGACCUCUCUGUGGAAACUCUUUACAGCCUCAUGCAGGAGCGCCAGAAGAAGUACGCCAAGUAUGCAGAGCAGAUCCAGAAGGUCAAUGAGAUGUCUGCCAUCCUGCGCCGAAUCCAGAUGGGCAUCGACCAGACGGUGCCGCUGAUGGAGCGGCUGAACAGCCUCCUGCCGGAGGGGGAGCAGCUGGAGCCCUUCUCCAUGAAACCUGACCGGGAGCUGAGGUCAUAGCACUCCGGCAGCUCCCCCCGCAACCCCGUUACCUUCCACGCUCCAUGUUCAGCACAGAAGCGCUUCCAGCAGGCUCUAUUGGCAGAUGUGGGGAGCAGGCAGCGCUGCUGUUAGAUUCUCUGCUAGGGCACUGCAGGGAGAGCGGCGUGAGCUGCUGGAGCCACACAGCCAGGAAUCCAGGGGCUCCCUGGAAGAGAUGAUUUACCAUUCUCUCAACUCCCUCCUCUUGCCCUCCUGUCUCCUCUGCCACUACACCGCCUGUGCAGACACAUUUGUUUCAUUGCUCUGACUAGUGGUUUACAGAGGAGGAAUUUCCUUUCAUCUGAUAUAUUUUUUUACUAAAAAAAUUGAAAGGGAUAUGGGGUGUGACGAACCCUCUAACAUGUUUCUUGUGCCAUUGGGGUUUAGACAGUUAGAUGACUGGAAGGUAUUUCUGAUCCCUGGGCCUUGGAAAUAUGUGUUUUAUAGGUGAAAGUGUGGGAGCCAGGAACUGGCUUACUAAAAUCUGACCAUUAUCAUAAUUAAUGUGGUUUGCGUGGCAGGGUUUUGGCAUGUCCUUGAGGCUCCUGUUUCUAUGGGCUCACUAAUAUAUGAGGCUGUAAAGGAGUAACUGUUCUAGAUACGUAUGUCUGUUAAUGUAAAGCAAAGCUUAGUUUUCCUCUCCUCCUUGCCCUGACUAUAUCCCCAUGCCCCAGCUAGUGGCAUUUUGUGUCCCUCUAAUAGGCACUGGUACCAACCUAAUCACUUUGCAUCUCAAAGUUGGACACAGGAUAUCUUUUUUUAUUGGGACACUCAAGUUACCUUGGUGCUGUCUUUUUUACCAGUGGAGUGCAGCUGCUUCUUCAAGUGCAUGAGAGUAGAAGGGAGAGAUUUGCUAAGUCCUUUGGCUCUUUGUGUUGGUUUAGCUGUCCUUGUGCCAGGAGGUGGUGGUGGUAUGCUGCUGAACAACUGAAGACAUGAGGCCCUUCUCAGCCACUUGCUUCAAAGGCAACAGGAUGUUCUUGCUUCCUGCCAGGUGAGCCCAGACUGAAAAGCCCAUGAACCACAAGGGUUGUUGUGUGUCAGGAGUGCAGUUCCAGCAGUGAGGACAGUCAGGGACAACCCAGCUUCCAGUACAGCACAAGGUAGGGUCAUUUGCCAAAGGCAACUUCCUUCAAUAUGUCUUAGUACAUAAGAGCAUUUAUUAAGCAAAAGGUUGUCUCUCAGCAUUUGGAAAUCAGAAUGUGGUAGGUUUUUGAUUAUAAUAAUUGUUGCCUGGUGGCAAGAAGCAGCAGGCUGUUUGCAUUCCCAAAGGUCACGUAAUAUGAAUUUUUAUCAUGCAGCCAACUUAGAUGUGUGUCUGAACCACGGUGGUGGUUGGAUCCCAGGGCCUGCUGAACACUGUCUAGACGCAGAUUCCUGUAGAAAUGGAGCCCCCUGGAUUGAUGCCCUGAGAAGUGGGACUGACUGCUUCAGGGAGGGCAGGGAACUCAGCAGGAGGGUUUUUAGCAAAGGCAGCAGGUCUCCUUGCCUGCUGCUCCCACUCAGAGGUUUUUACAGACUUGUACAGAGUUGUAGGUAUAUGCUGUGUGUUGCCCAGCAUAAAACAUCAGAAUUCCAUCCUUGUCCAAGCUUUCUGCUAUGUUUUACUCUUGGAUUGUUAAAAACUUACAUGAGACUUAACCCAGGAAAAGCUGCUUGUCAUGGCCAUGCCCUUGUGGAUCCUCGUUUCCAUCAUGGAAUGUGUCUCUGCCUCCCACCAUCAGACACAAGAAUAUUGAGCUGCUUUAAAUAGUGGCUGCAGCCAUUUUUGUCCUCUUUGUCCAGAUGAUGCUGUCUGGAUGUUUAAAAUGUGCAACAUUCAGCUGUCUGCCAGAUGGGAUCAUGAGUGUCCCACACCCUGGUGUGCUGGAAACCUGCGCCAGUGGGAAGAUCCCAAUACUGGAUAUCAAGGCAGAUGCUCUCUCCUGUAAGAUACUUCUCUGAGGCUUUUAGACAUUUGGCCUCAGGCCAUUAAGUAUCAAGUCAAAGCAUUGCUCCCUGCAGUGCUAAUGAGGGCAAAGGAAUAGUAUUUCCAGCUGAAGACUGCAAAUCAGUUCCUGCCUCAUAUGCCAGAAAACACAAAGGCACUGGGCUGAGAAUAGGAGAAAAGCUUCGUAACUAGGAACACUGUUCUUUAAACUUGUGGCUGUGCUGCUGGGCCUCACAGACAAGAGCUUCCUGAACAGCAAGGGCAGGUUGUGGAAGGCAUAGUAACUGAACUAGAAAGAAAUUAGAGCUGAAGUGUGGAGACCAACCUUUUCCAAUACUCACAUGUCAUCAUCUUCAUUCCACAGGUGGUAGUCUUUCAUAUGGGUACUGUAAGAACAUGCACCCUCUAAAUGCCCUUGAAUGAUGGUUUACAGUUUUAUUUAAAAUAUUGUCACUGCCUUCAGGAACUGUAAGUCUUUAGCCCUCUUGCGCAGGGGGAGCUGUGUCCUGCCACAUCUUCUUGAGCUGCUGUUUGUUGCUUGGCUGCUUUUUGUUGACUUUGCUCCACAUGCUGCUUUCAGAUUCAGCUCAGAUGCAAGUGAUACUCAGGGUAAGACUGAUGCUUCCCACCCACGCUGUUUAGCAGGAGCUUGGAGAUGUCACUGGAAUCACCUUUCUGCACAUGAAUUUUCUUUUCCAAGCCAAACACUCUUGGAGGAGGCCUCAGUUAUCUUUAUUGAAUGUUCCAGCUGUUACUUCUACCACAAAUGUAGUGCUAUGAACAGUGAAUAAUCUGGUGUGCUCCUCUGAAACCAGACACUGUUGCCCUUUUCUGCUUUCUGGUGGUGUGUGGUCUGAGUACAGGCUAAGCUUGAUACAUGAUCUUGUGAAAAGCUGGGGAGCAGGAUGAGUCCCUAGAGCUCUGGUUCUCCUCUGCCCUGAGCUGCUCUGGCCCUUCCCCUGAUUCUGCUGUUGCAACUCCCCUGUUGUGCUGCCACUGGUGCUCCUUGUAUCUCACACUGGUCACUGUGCUGCCCAUGCAGAGCAGGUAUGCUUUGUGGUUUCCUGUUGUUUUUGUCACUGUAUGCAUUGACAGGGUGCUAAAGUGCCAGCCUACCUGCAGGGCAAUUUCUGUGAAGAUCUGCUGAAGGGGAGAGAAAAGAAUUUUUGUUGUUGCUUUAUUUUUUAAAUAGAUGUAUUUUAAAUUAAAUAUAUUUAAAUAUCGUUCAAUAUUUUAAAGUGUUUUCCCCUCCUUCAAGCUUUUUCAAAAAGAGUAGAAAUACAUGUUUUCACAGGCCCAUUGAUUGCAUGAGUCAGCCCCUCUCUCAAGACUGUGUGCCAGUAGUUUCCCGAGGUACUGCUGUAACAUCCCUCCUGUUCCCAAGCUGACAGACGGUAUUUUGAUUGCCAGCCUUGUGGCUGAGCACUCCAUGGUUUAUGGGUGGUUACCCUGUUCAGCUUCCUACAUGCUCCAUGUUCCACAGCUCCAUUAUUAAAACUUUUGGUGUGGCUCUUUUCCAAGUGUGUUUUUUCUCCAAUUGUCUUAUUGCUCAUUCUUCAUUCCCACUUCCCACCGUGGUGUCUGGGCAGUGCAGGCAUAUCUCAGCUUUACUUUGCAACUACUCUGUGAUGUGGAAUUGGCUGAUUUCAGCUGCCCUGGGGCUGCCUCUGCCAUAGGAUUGAGAGGAAACACAUCCCUAGAAUGUAAAUAAAUGCUGGUUGGUUUUUUCCCCCUAUGCUGUCCCAGUUCUGGUUGGCACUGAUGUCCAGUUUGAAUAGAAUGCUUGGGAAAGUGGAAGUGGUGAUGAACUCUCACCUGCACAGGUGAUACUGAAUAAAGAAAGAGCGAGAUUUACAGGGGUUCUUUUUAUUUUGCUGCUGUUUUGUUUUUGGGUUUUGUUUUUGGUUUUGUUUUUGUUUUUGUUUUUGUCUUGUUUUGUCUUGUUUUGUUUUUUUUUGUUUUGUUUGUUUGUUUGUUUGUUUGUUUUUUUAAUGGCCUGAUGCCCCAGCCUCAUCAUUGCCUGUAGUGUCACACUUUGGCUUUGUACAGCAGUGGAGUAUGGUGAGGGUCCCUGGAAACGGCAGCUGAAAUCCACUCCUCAAAGUGAGCAAUCCCUUGCAGCAGAAGUGUUUGGCAGCAUUUUACAUGCCAGGAAAGCAGCCCCUUCCCAGAGCGUGGGUGUUGCAGAAGGCAAGAAAUAGCUCCCUUUCCUUUUCUGUUUAUGGUGACUCUUAAUAUUCUUGGAAGUGCAGAAUUAGCUCAAGGCUUUUCUGCAGAAACACUUCAGUUUGCCUCAGAGCAACCAUUUGGAUCUGAGGGCCAAGAAGUUCUUUGCAGGCAGCAUUCAAAGGGCAAGUGCUGUUGCCAGGCAAAGCUGAUGUAUUAGGAACACUGUUCUACCUGAAUUCUCAGUUGUGGGUUUGUGUGUAUAAUGUAAUUGUGACAUUGUGUAUAUUACUGUCUAAAAGUGCUAGAAUAACUACUUUUAUCACAGAUUGAUAACAAAUAGACUAGUUAGGUGUAUGGCUGGCUAAUUAAGAUGUCUGGCUAGGUAAGUUUGGUUGAAUUGCAGUGAUUUUGGAUUUAAAAAGUAACAGUCUUAUUAGGACCUUAGUGCUGUCUCCUUUGUUCUGGGUUUUUCAUGCCCACGCUUUCUGGCAGAAGUAAGUUUGUAACUUGUGCUGUGAAUCACAGCAUACUGAGCACUUAGCUGAUGAAUACAGUUAGUAAAGACAGUAGUUCACCUGAUUACCACAUUUCUACACUCUUAUCCUCCCCAGCCCCCUCAAAAGCAGGGCUACCUGAUUCCUGCUGGGAGGAGGUUUUUGCUGUUUUCAGUUCACUUCAUUUUAGGAAUGUCACUUUGAUGGUCAGGAGCCCAGUGACCUUGGGGACCUCUUCCCAGUAAUGCCAGGCAGUGAAAUUAAAAUUAGGUGUUGGUGACAUGCAUGAGACAGAUUUCAGUUGCCCCUUGGGUUUUUACUGGAGGUGGAGUUAAACUGUCUCUUUCCCAGAGCUGGCUGGUGGUAGGGCCAGAGAUGGAAGGAGCAGGAGCAGAGCAAGUCCUGCAAAGCAGGCAGGAGUGGUGAAAGCUGAAGUGAAUGCUUCAAAAAACAGAAUUUGAGGGAACAGAGCUACUGCAAUCAGAAUUGGACUUUAGAGUGGGGUCAUAGAAGAUUGUCAUGUCAACCUGUUGUGUAGGCUAAGCAGCUGAUGAUGCCAUUGAAUUUGCAUGGUUCAUGUUUUGUUCUCUAGGAGCUCCUAUAUCUUGUUUGUGGAAGGUAAGAACAGAAACUCAUACAGGUUGUUCCUUGUGCUCUUUCUUUUAGAGAGGCUGAAUAUUUUGCAUUUCCCUUUCUGGGACUGUGCUUUGAAAUUCUCAAAAGGCUCUUACUGCACCCGAGUUUGAAGAUGUUGUUAAAUAAACUUGCAGCUUUCUCCUAAGAAUA